GCGAGAGAGUUGUGUCACUCGGGAAAAGGACCAGAGCUGUAUGCUGUCUUCUCUGCUGCCGUAGAGCAAGCCUUUUCACUAUGGGCAGGAUUGGCAAGGAAAUUGCGGGUCAAAUCAUCAGCUUCAUAGGCCUUGUUUUGGUAGCAGUGACGUGUGGGAUCCCCAUGUGGAGAGUGACCUCCUACAUCGGAGCCAACAUCGUGACGGGGCAGACCAUCUGGGAUGGCCUGUGGAUGAACUGUGUGAUGCAGAGUACCGGGCAGAUGCAGUGCAAGCUGAACGACUCUGUGAUGAAGCUCUCCAAAGACCUGCAGGCCGCCCGGGCCCUGGUCAUCAUCUCCCUCAUUGUGGGUUUCAUCGGCUUCAUCAUCACCUUCGUUGGAGCUAAGUGCACUGGCUGCCUGGACAAAGAUUCAUCCCAGGCCAAGGUGGUGAUCAUAAGCGGCUGUCUCUUCAUCGUGUCCGCCGUCCUGGUCCUGAUUCCCGUCUGUUGGUCGGCAGCCAUCACCAUUACAGACUUUCAGAGCGUCUUGACCAUCGAGACCCAGAAGAGGGAGCUUGGAGCCUCCAUCUACAUCGGGUGGGCCGCUGCUGCACUUCUUCUGCUCGGAGGGAUCAUCCUAACCACUUCCUGCCCUCCACAGAAACCCAUGUAUGGAUACCCAGGCUACCCACCGGCACAAAUGUACCCUUAUGCAGGCCCAGCAAACUAUAGUCCUGUGUAUGCCCCCCCCUCCAGCCAGCCCUACACAGCCCCCGGGUCGUACGCACCAACCAAACCCUAUGGAGCUCCAACCGCGUACUCUGCUAGACAAUACCUCUGAAAUGAAAGAACAGAAACAGGAUAAAGACAUCUGCCAGGAUGACUUCAGAAACUUGUUGAAUCUAACAUGAUAUGAUUUUGAUUGCUGUUAUGCUCUAUGGUAGAAGUGUUCCUAGUUUAUGAAGUCUUGAUAUAAGAGAAAUAUUGUGUCAACAUGAAUGUAUUCAUAAGGAAGUCCCUGCUGAUACUGUAUUUAUUUUCUUGUCAUUAAAAGCACAUUUUGUAAAUAGUGAUGAUUUGUAAUGUUUGUUUUCUGUAAAUGCCACUUAAUCUUUGAGUAUUUGAAUGAUUUUUAAUAAAAUGUUUUGAU